AUGGCACUACGAAGGCUAAAAGCGUUGGAGAAACGACUGAUCAAGAAGCCGGUUCUCGAGGCUAAAGUGAAGGAUCAGGUUGCAGAGUAUGAGAGGAAGGGAUAUGCUCAUCGUAUUACGCCUGAGGAGCUACAAGCCACAGAUUCAAGCAAGGUUUGGUACCUACCCCUAGGCGUGGUGCAGAAUCCGAAGAAGCCGGACAAACUGGAACUCAUAUGGGAUGCUAGAGCACAGGUUGGAGGGAUAUCGUUCAAUGAUAUGCUGCUAAAAGGCCCGGAUCUUCUGGUGGCUCUGAUGUCCGUGCUACUACGUUUUCGACAGAAGAACAUCGCCAUUGUAGGGGACAUUAGGGAGAUGUUCCACCAGAUCCGCAUACGGGAAGAAGAUAAGCAAUCUCAACUGUUCAUAUUCCGACAGCAUCCAGAAUUGGCACCACAGAUCUUCGUAAUGGAUGUUGCCACCUUCGGUGCAACUUGCUCACCAAUUUCUGCUCCAACUGCAGAAGUUGUGAUCAAUACCGGCGGGACGGAAGCACCAAAUGGAGUGUGCAUGAAUCUGGAGAAAUCGCUGGGAUCAGAGCGCGUGCUUAGUUUGAUCUGGAGUCCUACUGAGGACGUCUUUACCUUCGAUCUGAGCAAUUUGAAGGAUGAAAUAAAGGAAUUGAUUGAAAGCACAAAAACACCUACUAAACGACAAGUCCUACGCAUUUACACGGCAAAAUUCUGGAGAAGCGGAACGGAUUGGGAUGAGCCCAUCUCGGAAGAACUGCUGGAGAAAUGGUUAUCUUGGUGUGAAUACAUGCAGCGGCUAGGCAAGGUUGCUGUGCCCCGCUGUAUCUUCAAAGGGAUGAACAUCUCCGAUUUGAAAGAUGUCGAGGCCCAUUUAUUCGUGGAUGCGAGCGAAGUGGCUUGUGCGGCUGUUCUGUACCUUCGGUACGGGAAUAACGGUAAACCCAAGUGUGCCCUGGUAGCAGCGAAAACGAAACCACUUUCCGUACCUCGCCUGGAGCUUCAAACAGCGAUGCUCGGAACAAGAUUGAUGGACUCUGUGUUGCGAUCCCUGGAUAUCCGAGUAACCGAGCGUUUUUUUGGACAGAUUCGUCUACUGUGCUCAGCUGGUUAUGGUCUGAUAGCCGAUCCGGGGGAGAUCCUCACUUCAACUAGUUUAGAUGAAUGGCACUACGUGCCAUCCAAAUUAAACAAUGCCGACACUGCCACGAAAUGGAAAGACGGACCUAGCUUCGAUCCGACGAACACUUGGUUCACCGCACCGGAAUUCCUACGUGAGGCGCGAGAUCAGUGGCCGUUACAACCUGCGCUGAAUAGAACAGAAACAGAAGCUGAACUACGAUCCGUAUUUCUGUUUCAUGGUACCGUAUCUGAACCACUGCUGGACGUUUCCAGAUUCUCCAACUGGCAUCGCUUACUUAGGGCAGCGGCUCCUCUGUAUCGGCUAUCAGCCUUCAUAGAUGAGUCCGGCGUUGUCCGGAUGAACAGCAGAAUCGUUGCACAGCCAACUGUGUCCUACGAUACGAAGUUCCCGAUCCUGCUACCCAGAAAGCAUCCUGCUGUUUACCUUCUGACGGAAAGCUACCAUCAACGAUACCAGCAUGGGAAUGGAGAAACCGUAUGUAAUAAGAUGCGUCAACGGUUACAUGUGUCAGGACUACGAGUUCUGAUCCACCGGGUAUCAAAGCAGUGUUUAAUAUGUCGUGUUAAGAAAGCUGUACCACAUCCUCCUAUGAUGGCUGCUCUACCGGAAACUCGUGUAACAGGAAUGAUCAGACCAUUUACGCACACUGGGGUUGAUUAUUUCGGACCGAUACUGGUUAAACAAGGAAGAUGCUUGGUCAAACGGUGGGUAGCGUUAUUCACAUACCUCACAGUGCGCGCUGUACACCUGGAGAUAGUUCACAGUCUCUCUACCCAGUCAUGCGUAAUGGCCAUAAGACGAUUUGUGGCUCGUCGUGGCUCUCCGGAAACGUUCUAUAGCGACAACGGAACGAACUUCUUGGGGGCGAGCAAUCUUCUUGCGAAGCAGAUCCAGGACAUCCAUGAGGACUGUGCGGUAACAUUCACCAACACCAAUACAAGCUCGAUUUUCAACCCGCCGUUGGCGCCACAUAUGGGUGGCUCAUGGGAACGCAUGGUGCAAUAA